UCAUGUAGCUUGCACUAUAAAUCUGUGCAUUUCGAAAGUACAGUCUAAUUGUGCCCGAUUCCACUUUAAAUCGUGAAUUCUCGUUGCAUUCAAAUAAAUAUAGAACCAAACAAAACCCAUAGAGACUCGGAACUUUUACAAAGAAACCAAUUUUAAACAUUCGCUUUCGUGCGGAGGAGUCUACUCUACUUUGGGAUUAAAGGACACGAUGGAGACUAGGACGUCUGUUGCCAUUGGAUUACUUGUAUUUUCAUUCUAUUUUGCGGGAAUAGCUUCAGGUAACAUUGAUUUCCCUAAGGCACAAGACCUUACCUGGUCGUCAUAUAACUUCAAGACAAUAUUAACCUGGGGACCCAAGCCCACAGAUUACUCGUACACCGUUGAAUAUUAUGGAGUGGGCAAAGAUCGGGACAGAAAUCCACACUGUAUCAGGACCAAAAAUACGGACUGCGACCUGACCAGGAUGCUGACGAACCUGAAGGAAUCUUACUACGCCGACGUCCUGUCUGAGCCCGAGAGAGGCACAACCUCUGACAUCGUGGAGUUCCCCCACACCAGAUCCGAGAGAUUCUGCCCAUACAAAGACACUUUGAUAGGAAGACCUGAUUUCAAGAUCGAGGUAAACAAAGACACAGACAAGAUCAUUCUAUACAUAAAAGACCCUAUCGCCGCCGUUUAUGAAGAUGAUAGACUGCUGAACAUGCGAGACAUCUUUAAGGAUGACCUGAAGUACAGAGUCACCUACAGAAGGGCUGGAAGCACUGGGAAGAAAGUGAAAAUCACGGACACCAGCGAGAUGGAGCUGGAUGCUGAGAAUGGAGAGAGCUUCUGCUUCAGUGUGCAGGCCUUCAUCCCGUCCCGCAGCUCGGGGAAGCAGCUGGGGGAGAUGAGCCGUCCCCAGUGUUCGCCCAAGGACGACAAGCCGCUUCUGGAAGAAUACGGACUGGGUGUGAUCGCAGGAGGCAUCCUGGCGGUCACAGUCCUGCUCAUCAUGGUCAUCGCCCUGGUCGUGGUUUGCUGCCGGCGGCGAAGGACCGUGGUCAGAUCAGAGAAGGAGAACGUGCCCUUGAGUCAGGCGGAGCCCUGAGUCAGAAGGCAAGAUCGGAAACAUGGCAGCAUCCCCCCUUUUGGUCGAUAAACACUGGAAGCACCUUUAUUCGGUUUCUGUGAAACUCGAACGUGUUCCAAUACGCUGGACACAUGUGCGUCUUCACUAUCAGCGGUCUGGUCUUAAAAAAAGGAUUACAAUUUCGGUACUUUUAAUCUGUCCUUUUAAUGAAGAGUAUGAAGAGACUACUGGAAUUAUUUUUUUACACUACUUUUGCGCUUCAGUUUGCUAGUAUUUAAAAUUGCAGCAUAGGUUUUGUAAACACUAACUCGCACUAAAAUACUGAUAUCCUGAUAUACUGAUAUCCGGUAUUUGUUUCUAUUCGACACCUAUUAAGGGGCAUUAAUUAUACUACUUGUUUUGAAAUGUUUUAUUUAUAUAUUAGAUGUAUAUUUUUUAUAGGAUAUUUAUUUAUGGGAUCGUAGAUUGUAUUUUCAUACAUGUGUUUUAAUUAUUAAUGAGUGCAUAUGUGAUUAUGUGAUUUCCUGUUUUGGAAGUUGUAUGUUGAUGUAGUCUUCAACUGCUGGAAUGAGUCCAAGAUGGCAGACUCUUGGUCUGAUUCUAGAAAGAGACUGCAAAGUGUUGAAAGAAUCAUGCCAACUGUAUGUGGAGCAUGCAGAGCUGUUACUGUGGGUUGGGUUGGUACACUCCUGUAGAUUAUGUACAUAAUUUUUAAUGGACCACAAACUCACCACUCCUGUCUGUCUGUUCCGUCCAUUUUGGACCUACAUUAGAGAAAAUGUCCAAGAGUGUUUACAAAUAAAUUCCAUGUUUUA